CUUUAUUCCCUCAGGUAAAGUAUAUUUUUCUUGAACGGUCAUUAUUGAUAUUAUUACAAACCACUUUUAACUAUGUACGAACGUUAACCAUUUACUCCAUAAGUACACAAUAAAUAGUCAGCUUGAUUCAAUACCAAAGUCACCCGGAUAGCACAGAAAUAAGAUUAUAUCUCUCCCUUCUGUCUUCUUGCAGACUUCGCAGUGCGUCGGAAACGAAAGAUCCUAUGUCAGAGCAUCGAUGGGAGAAGACAACCUAGUGCUAGAGGCUGCAAACAUCUAUGGGAGAAACGACUAUCAAAAAAUAAUUCAACACGUGGAAAACAGGAUGUUCCAACUACCGUUGCUAACAAAAAACUUUUACAGGACUUCGAAGUUUGCCCAAAAACGAGAGAGAGUAUACAGAAGGUUGAAGCAGUUAAUUGAUUCUAGGAAAACCAUAGAGGAUAAAUGGAUACCAGCCCGCGUUACAAAUGUAACAGCACCAACUGCCACAGUCCCACGAAUGUCUGCGACUUCAACUGUAGUGCGCGAAAUUGAGAAGCAGGAUUCUCGCUACUUGUAUUCCAUGCAGGAAACUGGUUCAAAUGCAAGCCCAAUGUCCAUUGUGGCAGCUUCAAGAACAGCGGACAUAAAGUACAGAAAAGAGGCUGAAAAGAGGAAAAGAGAAGAACAGGAAGACGUCGAUACCGAAGAAGAUCAACCAAAGAAAAGGCAGAGGUAA